AUGGCGCAGAGAGGAAUUCAGCUGGAUUCGGCAAAAUUCUGCUGUUCGAUCUGUCUGGAUCUACUGAAGGAUCCAGUGACUAUUCCCUGUGGACACAGCUACUGCCUGAGCUGUAUUAAAAGAUACUGGGAUGGAGAAGAGCAGAGGGAAAUCCACCGCUGCCCACAGUGCAGACAAACCUUCACACCAAGACCUGUCCUGGGGAAAAACACCAUGUUAGCAGAAAUAGUGGAGGAAAUGAAGAAGACGGGACUCCAAGCUCACCACCUCCAGCCUCACUAUGAUGCAGCUCCAUUAAAGAAACACAAGCUGGUGGAAGCCACUGUGCAGUUUCAGGAGAACAUCUGCUCUCGGAGUCGGCAAAAAAUCCAGCAGAGAAUCCAGGACACAGAGAAAGACGUGAAGGUGCUUCAGCAGGAGGUGGAGGCCAUCAAUCGCUCUGCUGAUAAAGCAGUGGAGGACAGUGAGAAGAUCUUCACUGAGCUGAUCAGUUUGAUUGAGAAAAGAAGAUCUGAUGUGAAGCAGCAGAUCAGAUCCCAGCAGGAAGAGGAAGCGAGUCGGGCUGAAGAACUUCAGAAGAAGCUGAAGCAGGAGAUCGCUGAGCUGAGGAGGAAAGACGCUGAGCUGGAGCAGCUCUCACACACAGAGGAUCACACCCAUUUUCUAAAUAACUACCCCUCACUGUCACGUCUCAGUGAAUCUACACACUCACCCAGCAACAACAUCCGUCCUCUGAGCUACUUUGAGGAUGUGACUGCAGCUGUGUCAGAGCUGAGAGAGAAACUACAGGACCUUCUUAGUGAGGAAUGGUCCAAGACCUCACUGACAGUGACUGGAGUGGAUGUUCUACUGCCACAACCAGAGCCCAAGACCAGAGCUGAAUACUUACAAUAUUCAUGUCAAAUCACACUGGAUCCAAACACAGCAAACACACGGCUGUCAUUAUCAGAGUGGAACAGAAAAGCGACACGAAUUGGAAAACAUCAGCCAUAUUGUCAUCACCCAGACAGAUUCACUACAUGGUUUCAGGUCCUGAGUAGAGAGGGCCUGACUGGACAUUGUUACUGGGAGGUGGAGUGGAGUGGACCAGAUGUUUCAAUAGCAGUCGCAUACAAGGAUAUUAGCAGAACAGGUCAGUUUGGAUCCAAUGACAAGUCUUGGGCAUUAGAUUGUUACAAUCAGUUCAGCCAUAACAGCAUCAAAACUCCCACAUCAGUCCCUGUGUCCUCCAGAGUAGCAGUGUACCUGGAUCACAGAGCAGGUAUUCUGUCCUUCUACAACGUCUCUGAAACCAUGACUCUCCUCCACAGAGUCCAGACCACAUUCACUCAGCCUCUCCAUGCUGGAUUUAGGGUUUAUGGAGGCUCGGCUGAGUUUUGUCAGCUCAAGUAGACAGGAGUUAUUAAAGCAGCAAAAUGUAAGUUUUUGUUUUUAAAAAAUAUUUUUCCCUGAGUCAUUGCAGCUUCAUGUCACUGAGGUGUUUCUGCACUCCCACCUGUCAAUCAAACAGUGUGGGCGGGACUGUAACCUCUUCCUACCUCCAUGUUCCUUGCUGGCCCUCUUUGUUCCAUCAUGGCGGCUAUUGUGGAACAGCCUAACCCAACUGCCAGAGGAGAGGCUCACUAGAAAGAUUUUUAAUUGGAGCAGAAUGCACAACCAUCCGUGGAUUAGGGAAGUCUCUUUAUUUUUUUCUGUUACAGGGUUAAGUAUAUAUUUUAUCAAUAAUUUACAGUGUAGUAUAACUAUUACUAAACAGAAAUUGUCAAUUAAAUGUCAGGAGCAAUGGGAGGCGGACAUUUGGGAAAAAAAAACCCAAGUUAAGAAAUUAUGUUCAGUUUAAAGAAGAGUAUGUCACCGAACCAUAUGUAGCAUCUAAUUUGAAGAAAGGUCAAAGAUCCCUCUGUGCCCAAUUGAGAGCUGGCGUCUUGCCGCUGGCAGUUGAGGUGGGUAGGUAUCAAGGGAUACUAGAAGAACAGAGUUUGUGUACUUUAUGUGAUCUAGGAAAUGUAGAGGAUGAGUUACAUUUUGGUUUUCAUUGUCCAUUGUAUGCCAGCCUAAGAAAUGUUUUAUUUGAAAAAGUACAAACCAGGAAUCUUGAUUUGUUUUGGUUGUCCAAAUUUAAUAUGCUAAGAUGGCUGUUUGAAGAAGAGGUAUUUGCUUUGGGUAAAUUCUUGGAGAAAGCGUGGCAGCUGCGGUGGAGACAGCUAUACCCGCAUGUAUGAACUGAUGCAUGUAUUUAUUUACUUUUGUUGGGAGUGUCUUAUAAGCCCAUGGGCUAUUGUAUGCAGGACACUUAAAUAAAAAUUAUCUAUCUAUCUAUCUAUCUAUCUAUCUAUCUAUCUACUGUUCUUCCUGACAAACAGCAAAGAGCAGCCAGACGCUGAGAGUUCAGAGGACAUUUAUUCAUAUGAAAACAUCACCUGUUGUCUACACACUUCUAAUAUCUGUUGCAUAAUUGUGUUGUUCCUGUAAUAUUUUCUGUUUUUCUGUUCCUUAAUGGACUCAGCACCAGAGGUUUCUCCUUUAUUAUAGCUGAGUAGUUCAUAUUUUGUGUUUUCCUCUGCUGGCACUUUGUACAUUUUAAUGUUUCAAUUCCAAUUUAGUAAAUGCUGUUGAUAUUAUAUGCAAGGGGAAGAAAAAUAUAUUUCAUUAUGGUGCAUUUGAAACUAUAUAUCCUUGAGUUUGAGUUGUUAUGUACAAAGUUGUUUUGAAUGCCUCUUUUUCAAUGUAUUAUAAUUUUUUAA